AUGCCUGCUGGAAAUGCUGAUGCCUCCGUCGGAAUGAUGACGGGGGCUUACUUUGUUGGAAAACGUGAGCUCCUUGAGUUUUUCAACAGCUUGUUGGAUAUGAAUCUUUCCAAGAUUGAGCAGACGGCAUCUGGUGCAGUGGCCUGUCAGCUGUGUGAUUACAUUUUCCCAGGCAGUAUUCCAAUGAAACGAGUCAAUUGGGAAGCGAAGUCUGACUAUGAGUACAUCCAAAACUACAAGCUGUUGCAACAGGCCUUUGGAAAGAAUAAAGUGCAGCGUUACGUUGACGUAGACAAGUUGAUUCGCGCCAAGUACCAAGACAACUUGGAGUUCUGCCAAUGGCUGAAAGCUUUCUACGAUCAAUCCGGUGUUCAACGACCUGAUUAUGAUCCUGUUGCGGUCCGAUCCAUGGGCAAGGGAGCCAGCAGCGGACCCAAGACGACCUCUUCGAGUCCUGCCAGACCCUUGUCAGUGAGGCAGUCUCAAAAUAGCAACAACAACAAGGGCAGAAACGCGGAUGCCGUGGUGGCCGAUGCAGCUUUAAUGAAGAAGAAUUCCGAGUUGGAAGGCAAGGUUGCCGAACUCGAGGGAUCCCUGCUCGAUAUUGAAAAAGAAAGAGACUUCUACUUCCAGAAGCUUAGAGACAUUGAGAUCAUGCUCCAAGUCCACCAGGAAAAGGGCGCAGAAGCUGGUGAUCCUAAUGGAAUGAUCGACAAUGUCUUCAAAGUACUCUACGCCACUACUGAGGCUCCUGUUGUGGUGAAUGAUGACGGCGAGAUUAUCAACACUAGUAGUGUGAACACAAGUGCUGUUGAUGUUGAUGCACUUGGCAUUGUUGACGAUGCAGCCGAUGUGGAUGAUGACGACCUCCUUGAAAACACUCUGUUCGAGGAGUUCUAA